AGUUCAGUUUUCGCAAGCGCCGCGUUCGGUUCUCUUCUCCGAUGCCAAUUAAUUUUUGGGGCUCUGUCGCGCCGAUUUGGGUUACAUAAUGUCUUGGAAAUUCAGCAUGGAGCAGGCCAAGCCUGGCACCGAAACCGCUCUGGAGGCCUGCGACUAUUUCGUGGAUGAGGUCAUUGAGCCGUCCUCACUACGGGAUGCUCGGGAGGAAGUGCGUCAGAUCAAGCAUGGAGAGCUACGAGCAUCAGUGAGUGCCGGAGAUGAGCGGACUGUGCGGGUCCUGCUGGCGGCCCUGGGGACUGAGCGGCAGAUUAUAGUCAAUAUGGCUCCUGCAGGAGCGAAUACUCUGCUUUUCAUAGCUUGUCAGUCAGGAUAUGAGAGCAUCACCCAACGGCUGCUGGAUGCUGGAGCGGAUGGCCGUUCCCAUGCCGUCACCAAAUACUCACCUCUCUACGCCGCCGUCCAUAGCGGUCACUUUGGCAUUGCCCGGCUGAUACUGGACCGCUUUCCGGAAUUGAUCCAGCAGCCAACCGUCGAGCGCUGGCUCCCGCUGCACGCGGCCUGCAUCAAUGGACACAUCAAGCUGCUGGAGCUUCUUAUCAGCUACAGCUAUCCUGACUACCUCUACCAGACAUAUCGCGACGAGGAGGGCCAGUGGGAAUGGCGGCUGCCCUUCGAUGCUAACGCCCACGAUGUGACAGGUCAGACCAGUCUGUAUAUAGCAAGCAUUCUGGGAAACAAGCAGCUGCUUGGGGUACUCCUCAAAUGGCAGCUUCACUGCCGCCGUACGUUGGGCGAUUCCGCCAGCUCGGUGAGCACUCCUAUCACGCCCACCAGGAAACGCAUUUCGUUUGGCAUUCAGGCCAUCAUGUCCAAGCUGCACAUAUCUAGUGAACUGGAAGGUCCCGAAGACCAAGCUACCCAGGAGUCAACAGAAUGCCAAAAAUGUCCCAUCAACGUUAAUCUUCUGUGUGGAGCGGCGAGGGAAACAGCAUUGCUUGCGGCGGUUCGGGGUGGCCACUUGGACGUGGUACAGGCUCUUCUGCAACACGGAGCCAAUCCUAAUAUUGUGGCUAAGCCAGUGGAGGAUCACAACGACCCCAAGUGCUGCGAGGAGAUAUAUGGACUGAGCAAUGUCCCUAUUGCCGAGGCCUGCAAGCAAAAGUCCCUGGCAAUGUUGGAUCUCCUGCUGAAACAUGGAGCCCACGAUGAAAAUGGUUCGGCUAUCGGCAUGGCCAUAACUGGCGGCGAUGAGGCAAUCCUGAGUCGCCUCUUGGCCCGACGGGUACAUCCGGACUCGGACUACAAGAUCAACAAGAAGGGCCUACCGACACCGGUGGAGGUGAACGUUUUUUUGCCGUCCACCAGCAACAUAUCGUACAGCGCCAUGUUCCCCAACGUACCCACCAUCAUCGACUGGCACAGCUUGGGCUCCAGCGUUCAGUUGUCUGUGGUAAGAGUGCCCUGGAUGGUCAGUGGAGUGCUGCUCCUGAAUCCCAAGCUGCAGUCGCAUCCCCGUCUUAACGAGGUUGCUCUGACUGCAAUCACGCGAAUCGAUUUCUCGCACAAUGUUCUCACAGCAAUUCCGCAAGAAUUGUUCCAUCUGGUUAGCCUGAAGUAUCUUAAUGUGGCUCAAAACAAGAUCACUGAAUUACCCGCGCCCAUGGGUAAAACCUAUGCCUGUCCUGUUCUGGACGAGCUUUUUCUGCAAGACAACCAAUUAACAACUUUACCGGCUGCCAUCUUUCACCUUCCUGCUCUCUCUAUUUUGGAUAUUUCAAAUAACAAGCUGCAACAGCUUCCCUUCGACCUGUGGCGUGCGCCCAAGCUGCGCGAGUUGAAUGUGGCCUUUAACCUAUUGAAAGAUCUUCCAGUGCCGCCGAUGCAGACGAGCAGCUCACUUCUGAGCCUGGAUAAACUGCAACUGCAAAGUUUCGAGGAGCCGCAGUCAAACAAGCCGCGAAACGUGACUCAGCAGCGGCUAACCCAUCGCAAUCUCUGGUCCGCUUCGUUAGACAUAACCGACAACGACAUGAAAUGGCAGAAUGAGCAGGAUUUCGGCGACGGAAAGACACCUGGAAUGGGUUCUUCACAGCUUAGUAGUCUAAAUAUAGCGAAUAACUUGUUCACCAGCAUUCCGGCUGCUUUGCCCUGUCUGGCGGUUAAUUUAACCCGGCUAAACAUGUCAUACAACAGUCUGCGUUCUAUGGGCCAUGUAACAAGCUAUCCGGCCACGCUAAAGCAGUUGGAUCUAAGCCACAACGAGAUCUCUUGCUGGCCAAGUUUGCCUCGGAUUACCGAAUCGGAUCCGCACCUACUGUGUUACAGCUGUGUCCAGCUGCCGGAGGGUCGGGAGGAGGAGCAAGCUUACAAGACGACGUCCUCAAAGGGGAGCUGCUCCUCCGUCACCUCCUUCCGCGCUUCGGUAUUGAAGAGCGUGUGCCGGCACAGGCGUCAUCUGCGUCUGGAGGCGCUGCGCACGUUGAUCCUGGCGGACAACCUGCUCACACGCAUCCAGCUGUCGACCGACGACGCCACAACGCUGUUCAAUGAGAGCGAGGACGCCGACUGGAGUGUGGUAGGCGUGAACCGAUCCAAGGUGAUAUUUCCCAACCUAUCUAUGCUGGAUAUGACCAAUAAUUGUCUGAAGGAGAUUCCCGCCUCGUUGCACGAGCUAAGCAGUUUGUCAGUGCUGAACAUUAGUGGAAACGUUAAUAUCACAGAGCUGCCGCCCCAUUUGGGGCUUCUCUCGCGACUUUGGAAUCUCAACACGCGCGGAUGCCUCCUGCAAGAGCCACUGCGCUCAAUGAUCGAAAGCAAGAAGCAUAAGACUAUGGACAUCGUGGGCUACCUUAAGUCUAUCUACGAGGAUGCUCAGCCUUAUGCGAGAAUGAAGCUGAUGGUUGUGGGUGUGGCUGGAAUCGGCAAGAGCACACUGCUCGAUUUGUUGCGCCAGGGUGCGGGAUCAGGUUCCAGCUCCAGUUCGCAUAGAUCUCGCGCCAGCGAAAAUCAUUGGGCCAAGCGAAUGGGACUCGCGCGUAGCACCUCUCGAUCGCACCGCCAUUCUUCCGCCUCCAGCGCGAAUAUAUCCACGGUAGGUGUGGACAUCGGAACCUGGAUUUGUGAGAAGCGGAAGCGAGCGCCCGGCUCCCAUGGGCCGGUGGUGUUUCGUACUUGGGAUUUUGGCGGCCAGAAGGAGUACUACGCAACCCAUCAAUACUUCUUGUCCAAGCGGAGUCUGUAUUUGGUGCUGUGGCGCAUCAGUGAUGGCCACAAGGGUCUGGCGGAACUGCUGCAGUGGUUGGGCAACAUUCAAGCGAGGGCUCCAAACUCUCCCGUAAUCAUUGUGGGCACACACUUUGAUGCGGUCGGCGAAUCCAUCUCUCCUCAGCAGGCGGAGCAACUGCAGCAACUAAUUCGGGAGAAGUUCAUUGCUAUUCCCGAUGCGGAAAAAAUCGGGCUGCCACGAGUGAUUGACUCCAUUGAAAUUAGUUGUCGUACCCUACAUAACAUCCAUUUGUUGGCCAACAUCAUUUACGACACCGCCAUGCAACUGCGGUCUCCUGGCUCCAAGGAGCCAAUGCUGCUGCAGAAGAUCCCCGCCAGCUACAUUGCCCUAGAAGACAUUGUGAAUGUGAUUGCCUGCAAUUUACGCGCAGCUGGCCGAGAUCCUGUCCUGGAUGGCGAGCAAUACAGGCGCUUGGUCACCGAGCAGAUGCGUCUGCACAAUUACAAGAGUUUUCGGGAUGCCGCUGAGCUGCAGCAGGCAACCACUUGGUGCCACGAAAAUGGAGUUUUGCUGCAUUACGACGAUGCUACGCUCAGGGACUACUACUUCCUAGAUCCGCAGUGGCUUUGUGACAUGCUGGCCCAUGUGGUCACCGUGCGCGAGAUCAACCCAUUUGCCCCGACGGGUGUAAUGAAGUUGGACGAUCUCCAGCUGCUUUUCCGCAGUGUACAAGUUCAAGGAAAUGGAAACCGGAGCUAUAUUGUAAGCUUGUUGAACAAGUUCGAAGUAGCACUGACGUGGGACUCGAGAACUCUGCUCAUUCCGUCCUUGCUGCCAAUGCAAGAAGCAGCUACGCCCAAUUCUGGUAGCACAGUGAAGCUUUCGCAACGUUCCCGCGGUCGUAGUUUAGGUUGCUCCGUCUCGCAAGAAGUUAAUCUCAAUAAUCUGAUCUAUGAACAGAGUUCAACCCAUUCUUCACCAUCUUCAUCUGCUAAUGCUAGUCAGGGACUGCGACGCAUUCUUCUGAUGACUUAUUUCCCGUCGGGAUUCUGGUCGAGAUUAAUAACGCGCAUUCUAGCCGAUGAACAGAUCAUCGAGGCUAUCCGUGGCGUAUAUGUAGCUUCGCAGGAAAAGUAUGUGGAUUUUGAUCUGCGCACAUCAUUGGAGCAGGACACCCAAUGGAAUCUGUGGCAGACAGGCCUAGCCCUAUACUAUGGACCAAUCUUAAUAUUUAAGAUCUGGGAAGUCCCCUUUCAAAACACAGAGCGAACGCAACCGCUCCGCACAAAUGGCAACCGCUUUAAGCUGAAAUUAGAUGGUAUAUGGAGCGACGUCAAUCUGAGCUCCUCUAGCAUUCUGGAAGUCUACUUUCCACUUCAUGAAGUGAACAUAUCCCAGGAAGUCGAUGACCGAGAACGCCAGUUGUUGGCCGAACUGCAGCCGCAUUUGUCCCAGGUGGCCAAACUGUUGGCCCUAGCAGUGGAUCAUAUUGAUUUACUUCUAGAGGAUUGGUAUCCUUCGCUGGGAACGCGGUUUGUUCACACUUCGGAGGGCCGGUUUCUGAUCACGCGAUUGGUGUUGUGUCCGCGCUGUCUCUGGAAGCUGCAGUUGCAGCACAGCAACGAACCUGUGGAUCGGGAGCUGCCUCCCAUGGGAUGCAACAGACCAAGUCGAAGUAGCAGACGAGGGGCGGGAGCAUACUUCCUGCACGGCGUAGGUGACCCCGGUGAGGACGGUGCUUUGAACGUGUUUUCUGCAUAUCUUAACGCCACAGCAAGAAGAGAGCGACGUUCCGAGGAUUCAUUGGGAGCCGGGUCGGAUGCUGACUCAGGCGUGGGUCCCGAUUCCGCUGGUUCGUCACGCAACACUUCGGUUGACGGACAUCCAGGCUAUCACCUGCCUGAUAACUCAAAUGUUUGCUACGCCUGGAUGAUUGAGGAGUGCAUCCUGUCCGUUUACAAUCAAAGCAAGAUCAGCUGCCCAGUGCAUCUUGAACAGUCGAUGGCCCAACUAGCUCCGGAUGUCAUAUUUGCUGAUAUACCUGAUAAGCACACUAUUCCACCCGAGUGCAUCAUAAAGGGAUCACUGCUCGGGCGAGGAGCAUUUGGAUUCGUCUUCAAAGCGAACUGCAAGAUAAGGGGCGCCAGAUCCUUCAAGCCGGUUGCCAUGAAAAUGCUCCAGCCAGUUCCUCCCGGAGCUCGGGCCAAGGAGAGCGCUUUGAUGGCCUUUAAAGUGGCUUUAGGCAAAUGGGACCGGGAUCCGUUGCAGCACUCCUGCAAAGCCUACUGUACUGCUCGUCAGGAAUUGGCCGUACUACUAACACUUAAGCAUCCUAACAUUGUGCCACUGGUGGGGAUCUGCAUUAAACCAUUAGCUUUGGUCCUGGAACUAGCUCCUUUGGGCGGUCUGGACGCUUUGCUUCGACAGUACCGACGCAGUGGCGCCCACAUGGGUCCGCAUACAUUCCAGACCCUUGUACUGCAGGCGGCGCGGGCAAUCGAGUAUCUGCAUCGAAGAAGAAUAAUCUACCGUGAUCUAAAGUCGGAAAAUGUUUUGGUUUGGGAGCUUCCGCAGCCUCACACCGAAGACAGUCCUCGCAACCAUGUGCACAUUAAGAUUGCCGAUUACGGAAUCAGCCGGCAAACCGCUCCCAGCGGAGCAAAGGGUUUUGGCGGUACCGAGGGCUUCAUGGCUCCCGAGAUUAUACGCUACAACGGUGAGGAGGAAUAUACUGAAAAGGUGGACUGUUUCUCAUUUGGCAUGUUCAUAUAUGAGAAUAUCAGUUUACGGCAACCUUUUGAAGGACAUGAAUCCAUAAAAGAGUGCAUCUUGGAGGGCAGUCGGCCGGCUCUAACGCAAAGAGAGACGCAAUUUCCUACCUGCUGUUUGGAUUUAAUGGUUCUCUGCUGGCAUGAACAACCGCGUCGCAGACCUACGGCCAGUCAGAUUGUCUCCAUACUCAGUGCCCCGGAGUGCAUUCACCUGCUGGAUGUGGUUGCCAUGCCGCACAGCGAGAAGAUUGUGUGUGGAGUGUUUCAGUCGCUAGUCGGCGUGGGCGAUGAAGAGCGGUGCGGACUAGAGCUGUGGCUGCCCUCCUUCGGCUCCCGUAUCGACAUCCUGGACUGUUCGCCUUCCGGCAGCCUGCUUCAGUGCAACAGCAUCAGUUGCUCUCCGCAACCACAGGCGCCGCCUAAGCCCGAAAACGGGGCCCACUCACGUGCCCGUUCCGCACAACGAUCGCCCAAAAUGAACAUGCUGUGCUGCUGCCUAGUGGGCGAGGCCAUCUGGAUGGGCGACGUUUCUGGCAACCUGCACUCCUAUAGCACCUCCACUUACGCCCACUUAUUUUCUUACAUGCUCGAUCCGGCCAUUAAGUCAGCUGUGAUCAGUCUAGUCUACAUGGAAAGGAUAGCUCGCGUGGCCGUUGGUACACAUAAUGGUCGGGUGUUCCUGGUGGAUGCCACUCAAGUGCCCAGCAACUGCGCUUUUGCCGAGGGCUCAUUUGUGCUCACAGAGAUCUGUUCUGGUUUUGUUUUACAUGCUGCUUGCUCAGUUUUUGUGGAUGGAAACUAUGAACUAUGGUGCGGCGAAAUUGCGGGAAAGAUAAAUGUGUUCCCAUUGAACGAGACCGGAGUUUCCGGCCAUCAGGCUCUGUGCCACAGCGAGGAGCCCAAUUUAAUAGAAGACGUCAAGGUGGCCCGUAUGUGCAGCAAUGACAGCCACGUCUUCAGUUGCCUAUAUCCCGGCUGCAUGGUGUAUCAGUGGGGCGUGGUUUCCAAAAAAAUAGAGAACAAGCUGGACUGCUCCAAGCUUCUGCCUUGUUCCGAAUCCCUGCAAAGCAUUGCGAUCGAUGAGCACGUGAACUUGAUAAAGUGUCAGAUUUCUGCACUAGCAGCUCACAAUACUGAGCUGUAUAUUGGAACCACCUGGGGUUGCCUGAUCGUGGCCGAGCUGCACACCCUUCGUCCUAUUAGCGUCUUUCGACCCUAUGAAAAUGAGAUAAAAUCCAUAAUAACGCUUUCUAAUGACAAAGUGCCCCUGAUCGCUACGAUCGGUAGACGAUAUCGCUCGCUAAUCUCACGCUACGUAGACUCCGCAGAGACAUCCACUAUGGGCUCUGCCGCCAGCACACCCACACAUGGUGCAGCCAAAUCCGUGCCACCGGCGGAUGUGGAUAAUCACAUUCAUUGCCUGCUUUGGCGCGCUAAGCACUGGACCUAAAUUCGAUCUCAUUCGAAAUAUUUGUUGACGUAUUGUAUUUAAUAUUCCACUUACACACACAAAAUUGUUAUGCAAAGUGCUAAAAAUAAGGAAUGGUCGCUGAUUAGGAUUUAGUUUCUGUCAAACUAGUGUUAGCUUAACUUACUUUUUGUAGAAAGUUAUAAUUUUACAGAUUAUACAAUUUGCUUUCUUGCCAAAUUAAUGGUGCAACAUAACUUAUAUUAACCUUAAAUCUCAUUUAAAAAACUUUAUCUUGUAAAGUGUUUUACAAGUGUUUAAAGCAUUUACUUUUAUUUGCUAUGACCUAUCGAGAUUUUACGUUUUCAAAAGUUAUAACUUUUUGUUUAAAGAGAGGUGUUUUAAUUUUUUUU